CAACAUCAGCAAGAUGAUUCGCCAAGCGUUGCUGGUGCUCUGCACUUUGGCUCUUACGUCGGCCGACGCACCCCCCUCCCCAUCCUACGGGCCCCCUCCUCCCACGUACGGACCCCCUCCCCCCACGUACGGGCCCCCACCCAAGCCAACCCCAUGUUACCCCGUAACCACAACGCUUUAUUCUACUCAGAUUCAGCAGGUCCCCGUCUACCAAACUCAAUACAAGACCCAGAUUGUACCAACCACGCUGUAUCAAACGCAGUACCAGACGCAGUACCAAACCGUGUACAAGACCCAACAUGUGCCAACUUACAUCACCACCACCCUGUACCAAACCCAAUAUGUCACCACGACGGCUUACGUCACCCAGUACAAGACUCAAUACCAGCCCCAGUAUAUCACAACAACACAAUACCAGCCCCAGUACAUCACGACCACACAGUACCAGCCUAGGUACAUUACAACAACUCAGUACCAGACUCAGUACGUCACGACAUCACUGUACGUCACCAAGUACCAGACUCAGUACCAGACACAGUAUGUCACAACAACCCAGUACCAACCACAGUACAUCACAACCACCCAGUACCAACCCCAGUACAUUACAACAACCCAGUACCAGCCACAAUAUAUCACAACAACCCAAUACCAACCCAGGUACAUUACAACAACCCAGUACCAACAUCAGUACAUCACGACAACACAGUACCAACCACAGUACAUCACAACAACUCAAUACCAGCCUCAGUACGUCACCACGACGAGCUACGCCACCCAGUACAAGACUCAGUACCAGCCCCAGUACGUCACCAAGACCGUCUGCCCCAAGAUGGGAUACGGUUACUAAUACGGUUGAUGGAAGUCAACUGAUAAUCAGUCUGGAGAACUUAUUGUUUGUUAUGUGUCUCUUUCCUUUUUCAUUCGGAGCUGCCAGGUCUGCGAUCCUCAGUGUAAGGAAGAAAGCUCUUUAUUUUCACUGCUUCCAGUCCUCUGUAAAAUGAGAAUCAUCAAACUCCUUCAGCUUUGUCUUUCGCGAAAUCAUUAACUAAUAUUCUACGCAUGAUAAUUCAUAAGGAUGAAGUGUUUCAGUUUAUCAUCUGUUUUGAAUCAGGAAAAGGGUAUAAUGUAGUAAAGCCUACUGUAUAUAACAUUUGUCCCAAACUUUACAGAAACUAAAUUAUAUUUCCUAA